GACGGCUCAGUUCAUCCGCGCCUGCGCAGCCUGUACAGCUGCAGCUAAAAACAGCCUUUACAGGUCUGCGCUAUCAUUUCAAGAUGGCGGACCUCCUCGGUUCAAUCCUAAACUCGAUGGAAAAACCUCCUACAGUCGGCGACCAGGAAAGCCGACGAAAGGCACGAGAGCAAGCAGCAAGGCUCAAGAAGAUGGAAGAAGAGGAGAAAAGAAAGAAAGCAGAGUUCAGGAAAAAGAUGGAGAAAGAGGUGUCAGAUUUCAUCCAAGACAGUUCACAACAGAAAAGAAAAUACAAUCCCAUGGGGAAGAUUGAAAGGAGUAUAUUACAUGAUGUUGCAGAGGUGGCUGGUUUGACGUCUUUUUCUUUUGGGGAGGAUGAAGAGAGCCGUUACGUCAUGCUUUUCAAGAAGGAGUUUGCUCCAUCAGAUGAGGAGCUGGAAGCCUAUCGCAAGGGAGAAGAGUGGGACCCCAAACUGGCCGAACAGCGGCGCAGACUAAAAGAACAGGCUGCACUGGAAGAAGCAGCAUCCAGUCAGACAGAAAAGUCACAAAUAUGCCCCAACUCUAACUACAGAGACAAGUACAGUCACCUGAUUGGCACUUCAGCUGCAAAAGAUGCUGCACAUACACUUGAGGCCAACAGGGCUUAUGGCUGUGUGCCGGUGGCCAACAAGAGGGACACUCGCUCCAUAGAAGAAGCCAUGAAUGCAAUCAGAGCAAAGAAACGGCAGAAGCGCGAGGACGACACGGGGGCGCACGGCAGCAGCUCUUGAGUCUCCGGCACGUGUGCCGUCUGUCUGUCUGCUGUUUGCGUGUGCGAGCACGUAAGUGCGUUUAUGUGUGUCUCAUUCAUCCUAUAAUGCAAUAUCCUGUACUUCAGAUGUACAAACGUUUAAUUUAUGUAUCAACAAGCAAGUGUUUUCUCAUGCUUUGUGACCAAGACUGUGCUAAAAUUAUAAAAACUUGCUCAGUGGAGGAUCUUCAGGUGUGCUGGUGUCUGAGAACUGGGUUGUUAAACACAUUUAACAUUUGCCUCACACUCACAUGUGAACUGUAUAGUAUAAACAUGUUAUAUGAGUGUUCAGAUGCAUAAAACCAUAACGGCAGAAUAUUUUUAGCAGAUUUAAGCACGGCUGCGCAGGAUGAACUUUAAAAAUCCAGCUGUUAGGUAGUUAAAAUUGAACUCUGCACUGACAGUGUCCAAAAUGUCCAGUACAGUUUUUUUUUUUAAAGCCGUAAUCUCAUAUUUUAACAAGGUUUUGGUUUGUUGAAUUUUUCUUUUCAGUCUAAACCUAUGUCACAUUGUAAAGAUGGAAGCAUACCAUUUUUGUCUGUCACAUGAGGAAACCCUCUUUUAGAAAUCUUUCUGUAAACCUGCACUGACUGUGUAUUCUUUAACUCCAGUGUAAAUGUUUUAUUAAAAAGCCAUGUGAUUGCUUACAAAAGGCAUCAUAAUAGGAGUCGGAGUACCAGACUUCUUCUUAGGAUGUUGUGCUCUCAGUUUUGUUUUCUGGUUUGUUUGGGUUUGUUUUUUUUUUGUUUUUUUUUUUAAAUUUCAUGUCUUUUGUUUGUUACAAACAAGAAUUCAUGCAGGUGUUCCCAGCAUCUUAGUGUCUCUUUUAACAUGGUUGUAUCGUUUUAUCCCCAAUGUAUUAAUAAAUGGAGAAAAGUA